UGCGUAGACGCUCCCGCCAGCUCCUGUCUGCGGAAGACUCUCCACUGCGCCACCCAUGGAGCGCAUCGAGGGGGUGACCGUGGGCCUCUGUUCCCGCUCGCCCUACCUGCGGCCUCUCAGGCUGCACUACCGCCAGGAUGGUGUCCAGAAGUCCUGGGACUUCAUGAAGACACAUGACAGUGAAUGGACCGACUGCAUGUUCUUACCGAGCUUCAUCCCCCCAUGCAGCGUGACCAUUCUCAUGUUCAACUCUUCUCAGAGAAGCCUGGUGUUGGUGAAGCAGUUCCGGCCAGCUGUAUAUGCAGGCGAGGUAGAGCGCCUCUUCCCGGGGUCUCUGGCAGCUGUGGACCAGGACCAGCCCCAAAAACUUCAGCCGGCACUGCCUGGUGCAGUGGGAGUGAUGGUAGAACUCUGUGCCGGCAUUGUGGACCAGCCUGGGCUCUCACUAGAAGAAGUGGCCUGCAAGGAGGCUUGGGAAGAGUGUGGCUAUCACCUGGACCCCACUGAUCUGCGCCAAAUUGCCACGUACAUGUCUGGAGUAGGAUUGACUGGCUCCAGGCAGACCAUGUUCUACGCAGAGGUGACAGAUGCCCAGCGAAGUGGGCCUGGUGGAGGCCUGGCCGAGGAGGGGGAACUCAUCGAGGUGGUACAUCUGAACUUGGAUGAGGCCCAGGCCUUUGUGGACAACCCCAAAAUCCCCAAGACUCUUGGUGUUAUCUUCGCUAUCUCUUGGUUCUUUAGCCACGUGGUUCCCCACCUGAGUCUCCAGUGAGACCUUGGGGCUGGACAGGCCGGUCCUGUCCACUCACUUUCCUGCCCUACACCCUCAAUAAAGCUUGUAUAAUUUUCACUGAUGGCCA